ACUCACUCACUCACUCACUCACUCACUCACACGAACACAUAAAGUCACCCCUUAACAACAGCUACCACCAGCUCUUACAAGGAGUCAGCUUGCAGGAGAGAGAAGAGGCAAUGAGCAGCGGUGUGUGGUUUCCUGCACUGAGGCUGGUGGCCUGGCUGUGUUGCCUCAGUCUGGGGCCCGUUCAGGGGGGGAAGGUGCUGGUUAUGCCUGUGGAUGGAAGUCAUUGGCUUAGCAUGAAGAUACUGGUGAAGGAGCUCAUCGCAAGGGGGCAUGAGGCUGUGGUGCUGGUGCCUGAAAGCAGCCUGUUGAUCCAUGGCUCAGAGAGCUACAAGACAGAGGUCUACCAAGUGUCCUACACCAAAGCUGAACUGGAUGGAAAAUUCGCCGAGCUGCAGACUGGAGUGUUCCUCAAGCCACCAGCAAUCACAGACUUGUUUAUUAAUGUGCAGCGUUUGACUAACUUUACUUCAAUUCAGGUGAAAGGCUGCGAGAGUUUGCUGAUCAACCAGCCUCUCAUGAGUCAACUGAAGGAAGGGGGCUUUGAUGUUGUGCUUACAGAUCCCUUCCUUCCCUGUGGCUCAGUCCUGGGUCAUAUGUUCUCCAUUCCAGUGGUUUAUUUCCUGCGUGGACUUCCAUGUGAGCUGGACAGUAAAGCCAACCAGUGUCCCUCUCCUCCUUCGUAUGUUCCUGUGUUUUUCUCUGGAAAUACAGACAUCAUGAACUUCCCACAGAGAGUCAAAAACAUGCUCAUGUCCUUUUUUGAGGUCUAUCUGUGCAAAGUAAUGUAUGCCAGCUUUGAUGAUCUGGUCAGCAGGUAUUUAGGAGACAACAUGACCUACGAGGACGUUCUUAGUCACGGUGCUAUCUGGCUUCUCAGAUAUGACUUUGUUUUUGAAAGGCCCAAACCUGUCAUGCCAAACAUGGUUUUUAUUGGAGGUAUCAACUGUGCAAAGAAAGCUCCUCUGCCAGCUGACUUAGCGGAGUUUGUGGAUGGCUCAGGAGACGACGGCUUUAUCAUUUUUACCCUGGGCUCACUGAUUUCCGACAUGCCUGCAGAGAAGGCUAAACAGUUCUUUGACGCCUUUCGGCAAAUUCCUCAAAGGGUUUUGUGGAGAUACACUGGAGUCGUACCUGAAGACAUACCCAAGAAUGUGAAACUUAUGAAGUGGUUACCUCAAAAUGAUCUCCUAGCCCAUCCCAAAGCUAGAGUCUUCAUCACUCAUGGAGGCACCCACGGUAUCUAUGAGGGCAUCUGCAAUGCUGUUCCCAUGUUGAUGUUUCCACUGUUUGGGGACCAGGGGGGCAACGUAGAGCGCAUGGUGUCCCGUGGUGUUGCAGAGCAACUUAGAAUUUAUGAUAUGACGACUGAAACCCUUUUGGCUGCACUAAAUAAUAUCAUCCAUGACAAAAGUUACAAAGAGAAGAUGGUGACGCUGUCUCAGAUACACCUGGACCGUCCUGUUCCGCCUUUGGACCUGGCUGUUUUCUGGAGCGAGUUCGUCAUGAGACAUAAAGGAGCCGCACACUUGAGGGUGGCUGCACAUGAGUUAAACUGGAUUCAGUACCAUUGCCUGGAUGUCAUCGGCUUUUUGGCCCUCAUUCUCCUCACUGUUCUGUGGGUAACACUAAAGUGCUGCCUGUUCUGCAUCCGCAAGUGUUGCAGAAUGGGGACUGCAAAGAGAAAACGAGAGUAGCAUUUCUAUUGCAACAGUCUUAUAAUAAAUGACUACAAAUGACAGGUUUUACAAAUUCUGUAAUGAAGUUAAUAAUUGAGGUUGAAACACUGGUAUGGAAUUUUAAACUAGAGUGUGUGUGUCUGUGUGUGCGUGUGUGUGUGUGUGAUAUGUUUGUAAACUCUGUUUGUGUAACAACAUGCUGACAAUGAUUGAAGCCAUUCUCUGGAUUUUGUUAGUAAUAUUCAGCAGUGUAAGAAGAAGACUCCUCUGGCUGCAGGAGAAAUGUUUUUACUGAUUAUUGAGUGGGUGGGAUAAUUGACUUUUUUUAAUCUAAUUGUUUUAUUGCUUAUGUGCAACACAUUGUUUGAUAGAUGAUGUUCCCGGCAGCUGAUCACAACAUUUCUGAAUUGAAGUCACAAACUUGGUGUGUCAGCUGGGUAAAGUAGGAUUUAUGUCUGUUUUUAAUUUUCAUUGUUUUACUACAAAUAGUUUAAUCAGACUAAUGUGUUUAAAUGUCACUACAUUUGAUUUCAACAGCAGUCAAAGCUGUAUUCUCACAGUGUUUGCCAAAUUAGCCUGCUGACUGGGAAGCUAACAAUACAUAAGGUGCUACACUACAAUGUUUGUUUUUGUUUUUACUACUUGGCCCCAGUUGCAUCAUUCAUGGGGAAUUCCAUUAACUCAUAUUUAUAUUGGCUUUCUCCACUAGUUAGACAAGCCAUUCUUCCUCACAUCAACAUCUUGUGGGAUUAUUCCCCAAGGCAAAUACAAUAUCUAGAAGCUGAUGCGUACAAUCACUGCUAAUGUUUGCCACUGAGCUGUGGUUCUCAAGAAUGUGUAAGAGGGCACUUAGAGGCUGUUAUUAUGGAAACAGAUGGCUGCUCGCUGUACAAAGCAUUGCUCAAGAUUUGAACUUGUGACCUUUCAGUUAAAGUUUAAUGUGAGACCUUCAGGCUGCUGUCUGCCGACAACCAAAGCUUUGUAUAUGCCUCAUCUAACAGCCAAUUAUCUUGCUCUAAAAAUGUUUAUUUGAGGCCAUUUUUAUAUUUUCUAUCAAGAAGUAGGUGAAGCUAUGUAGUAUCUGACGUGCCACAUGUUAUGUGAUGACCAGGGUCUUACAUGAUCAGUUAGGGGCCCAGGUUAAGAUUUUAUCAUGGCUUAGGUCAAGGAUAGAUAAGCUAGGUGAAAGGUUGGAUUCCAUCUAGAUUGUCUUUCUGACACUUGUCAUAUUUUGUCUCAAAGUUCACAAAAACAACCAACCUAUAUAGGCAGAGUACUUGGAGUUGUUUUUCCAGAGUAGUUCACAUCGGCUCCGAACUCUCUCUCAGGCAAUCUAGAUGCUUGAUAGAUGCUGUACUUCUUGUAAUAAACCUUUUUUUAUGCAAGCA